UGUUAUACGAGACCACAACUUCACUACCUAGCAACAAUCCAACAAAGAUGGUUGACCGUCUGGUUUAGAAACUGACUACAUUUUAAUUAUGGAUGCUAUCGGGUCGUUGGAGUUGUCUUGGGCCCAAGGCUAUUCUGGAUCGCGCACAGCCUACGUCGACAAAGAUGUCCUUUGUUACCUGUGUGGAAGCAAUGUUAAGUUUGUUGCUGAAGAUGGAAUGGAGACAGUAUUCAAUUUCAAGGGCAACGGAGUCGGGCCUUUUGCAGUUCAUCCGAGUGCUAAAUGCUUUGCCGUUGCUGAAAAAUGCCUUGAUCCAAAAAUAUUCAUCUUUGUCUACCCAACUUUUCGUCAACUGGGAGUUAUUGAAGGUGGAACCAAACUGGAGUACAAUAAUGUAAUGUUUUCUACCAGUGAAUAUUUGGCCACCAUUUCUGGAAUUCCUGACUUUGAGUUGACUAUCUGGAAUUAUACCACUGGGACCAAAUUGACAUCUGUACAAAUAUUCAACUCUCCAGUAAAAUGUAUGCAGUUUAAUCCUGGAAACUGGCGCCAGAUAUGUAUCGGAACCGAGAAAGAACUGACAGUCUGGCAAAUGGAACAGAGCAAUGAGGCUUAUAUGCUACAGUCCCAAAAGAUCAAGCUGCCACACGAGGAUUCCUCCUGGUGGGAGGAAGAAAAAGAAAGGGACCAGAGUGCUUCCCGUGCAUCAACGCGUAUGAGCCGAUACACCGUGGAUGUCCCGAAGGCAGCCAUCGCAGGUCUGGUGGGAGACAUGGAUGACCAUCUGGAGGACAUUCAGGACCGGUCACCACGUGUGGCGCCUUCGUCCGUGGCCUGGACCACCGCUGGUGAUAUCUAUGUUGGAUGUAGAGGAGGACAUCUUUUAAAGAUCGAUGGGGAGACAUUUAAAGCACGCGUUGUGUACCAUCCGCCUCCCCGGGCGGAGACACCCUUCUCCCGGGUCACUAGUGCAGCCAGUGCCAGCAGGGGACCGUCUAUGGCCGAUCUUGGUCAGUCAGGAAUGAAGAAAAGUGUUCGCAUGGGUACCAGCGUGACAGAUGAUUUGAGUCCGAUGAUGCUGGAAGGAAGUUUGGACUGCAUUGGCCUCCACCGAAAAGGACUUUACGCUGCAGGACAGGACGGAAUUCUGCGGCUGAUCAAUCUGAAGUCGGAUGAGUUUCACAUCAUUGAACAGAGCCGUGUUGGUUUCCCGGUCUCUUCACUAGCAUUCUCUCACAGUUUUCGCCAUAUGGCACUGGGAUCAACAAAGGGAUCCUUGUUUCUGUAUGAGCCCGGAGCACCAGAGUCUAUGAGACAACUCAAGGAUACCCACUAUGGAAAUUAUAUGGGCAUGAGUUGUCUUUCCGGCAACGAAUACAUCGCUUCUGUACGUGAGGAUGGUGAAGUACAGGUGUGGUCAGUUGACAAGGGUUUCCUCCAGACGUCCAUCUCUGUUGGACUUCAGGCAAUGUGUAUAGCCUGCAGUCCCAUGGUGAAAGUUGCUGCUGUUGGAGCCGGCAAUGGCACCAUCUACUUCAUCGACCUAUCAAACUUCGAGGAGCCUCGUAUGGUCUCCUCUGUCCGAAUGUUUGAAGGGCCGAUAACCCAUCUUGUAUUUGAGCACCAUGGUCGUUUUCUGCUGACGGGCUCAGAUGACGGAAAUGUCUUCAUCCUUGAUGGCAGACCAUCCAAGAAUUUUUGCCCAAUUGGAUUCACCUCCAUUGUGGGAGAAAUCCAGUCGAUCUCUGCCAUUACGGAGAAGGACGUGCUCAAAGUCGCGGUGACAGCUAACAACUCAGGAAACAAGCGUAAUGGGGCCACAAACUUGAUAACAUUUGAGAUCUCGGAGGCUGUUGUCGCCGAUUUGAAGAAGAACGUACAUAGUCUGAAAUAUGACUUCAAAGAUGACUCCAUCAAGAAGCUAACGAUGACUUUCUCCACGCCGAGUUACGGGGCAGCCAUCGGGGAGAACCAAAUCGUGUACACUAUGGCACAAAACUCGAAGAAAAUCCACCAGAUCAACCUACCAGCUGAGACACCAGAGGGCAAACCUGUGGCUGUUCUGCCUGAGGCCGAAUUCCUGGGCCACCAACUUCCAGGGGGUAAACUACAGUUAUCUCCACAUGGCAAGUGGCUGGCCACUUGUGGAUCUGACGGCUCUGUCAUGAUCAGAUCCACCACAACUAUGGAUCGCUUUAUUGCUAUCACUCCCCAUGACUUCCACAACCGUGGAGUUAACGUGAUGGUGUUUUCGGAGGACGGUCAGAACAUUUUCACGACUGGCUAUGAUGGCAUCCUCACUUGUUACACCUGGAAUUUCACCUCCGUUGGAAUAGGGAAGGCUAAGUCCGCCAUGGAGGCGUCACGUGCCCGCAAAACAAAAAUGAUGACCAUCCAGAAAGAUGAGGAAGAGGCUCUCGGAGCCAUGACUGACUGGAUGCCAUCUGUUGGGUCACGACCUGUGUCAACCACAGCAGAUAAAGAGGAUAAGGUCGCUAAAGCUAUGGAGAUGGCUCGAGAAACUGACGAAAUCUACACGACGCCCACACCAGUGCCACCAGCCGAUGCCACGUGGCUCAACAUCCAGUCUAUAGAGAACUUGAAAAAGGAGGACAAUCAGUUUGCGGAUGUGAAGCAGGACCUGAGAAUGCAGAUUCGAGAGAUGAGGCGUACGAUUCAAGGCAUGUUGAAACAGAAUGAGGUUCUGCCCGACAUUGAGAAACUUGGACGUCAUGAAUUUGACCUUGACAUUGAGGAACAGAACAGACUCCAACAAGAAGCUGACGCAGAAGUUCAAAGAGUCGAAGAGGAGAUUGAAUUUGACAAUUUAGCGAAGAUUUAUCUUCGUGAAAUGAUCAAGAAAGAAUGCUGGGAUGAAAUGAAGGUCAAAGGUCGAUCUAUUCAGGCCUUCCGUUCAACACUGGAAGUGAGUAACUUCCCGAUGCGAGAACGCACCUUAGAAAUGGAAAAACUUCUACAGACCGUCACGGUCCGCCGGCAGAUUGAGGUGGCAGAAAUUGCUGCAAGAAAAGCUGAGAUUGAAUUGCCCCAGAAACCCACUGGUACAACCACGGCGCUUUUACUUAGUAUGAUACACCAGCAGAUGUAUGGUAAUGAAGAUGACGCAGGUGAAAACGAGGAUGGUGAUGUAGACGGCAAGGACAAACCCUCCACCACUGGCAGCUUGGAAAAUAGUAUGGAAAACACUCUUGAUCAACCAAUAAGUUUGGGUGCCAUGUUUGGCGGUGCCAAUGAGCUGUUCUACAGUCAGUUUGACCUUCACACAAGGGAGCAGAAGAUCACACAGAUCAUACUCCUAGAGGAUGCUCUCCAUAGAAUCAAGCUAACCUUUAACAAGGACUUUGAUGAAGUCUACCAGAGAAAACUGCAGGAUAUCUCCAAAAUCAAGGAAAAGAACAAGAAAAUAAUAAAAAACAUGACGGAUUUGAGCAUCAACGAGGAACUCAUUGAACCAACCCUUAGCGUUCUGGAAAAUCCGGAGAGUAUUCUGACAGUUGAUGAAAGCGAGGUUAAAGUGGAGAAGUACCUCACACCAGCCCAGAAGAAACAAAAGGAAAAACAGGAUAAAUUAGCUGAAGAAAGGAGAGCGAGAGAAAAGGGAGAUAAUGCCCGUGAGCGUGGUCUGGAUAUGAUGAUGGGUGGAGUCCUUGAAAUCAAGAAAGAAGAUGAGCUGAAAAAGGACGUCCCAAAGCCUGCUUUCAUGUCCCUGAAAGAGGAAUCUGAGUGGACAGAAGAUGAGCAAAAAGCUGCCAAGGAGUACGAGCGCAAAGUCAAAGAACUUACCGAGGAGAGAGAGAAAUAUCGCAAGCAACUGGAGGCGGAACUUCGCAAGAUGCAGGGGGUCAUCCAUGACAGCAUGACAUUGUUCGAUGAAACCCUCAACCUGUUGUUCAUGAAGAAAAUCAAGGUCAUGAUGGUUCUGUAUCAGGAGGAGCUGAAGAUUCUCCGUCUCAGGAACAACCUUCUGCUGGAGGAGGAGCUGGAGACACGCGAACGCGACCUCAACCAUCUUCUGGAGCACAAGAAAUCCAUGAAGAUGAUCACUGCCCAGGCUAUGAUGGAGUCCAAGAAGCAUGUGGACGCUUUCCGGGAACAGUACGACAUCCUCCUGGCUGAGGACAAGGUCAUGGACAGGUCGUUCAAACGGGAAUUCCACGAUGUGACGGCACUGCAGCAAGACCAGCUCUACAGACUGUUCCGUAAACGUCCGAAGGUUCCACGUCUGAAGGGAUUUGAUGCCCCAGCACCAUCCUCCAUGGAUCAUUCCGUUCCAAAUCCGUUUGCGGAUCGUCCAUCCACAGCUAGCUUCAACACCCGUGCCAAGAAUCAGUUGGAAAACUCCAUCAAUGAUCUAGAUAAAGACAUCAAUGCCCCAGAGGGUAUCGAACCCCACAUCUGGCAGCGACUGUGUAAAUACCGCAGGGAAAAGAUAGAAAAUGAUGUAAUGACGAAAGAAAAAGCUCUGGUACUGGCAGAGAUGGAAGCAUUCCUUCGAAAGAGACAAGACGAAGAUGAACAAAUAAAAAACGAUAUAGAUGGCAUUUAUGACACCCUCAACAAACUGAAGGACGACCGACAGCGAUUUAAUCUGAACCUGGAAGUACAGCUGAUGUUGAAACAGGGACAGGUGGAAGUGGAUACUAGUACCUUCAUCCACGACUACAAGGACAGCGCCCUCAUCCACAGGAGCGUGGUCGAGGAGCUCAACAGUAAUAUUAAGCAAUUGGGAGAAAGCAAAAUUGCCAGCAUGGUGGAAAGUAAAGACUUCAGGAAAGGAAUUAUACAACUGGAGUGGGAACACAAGAAAAUGAUUAUGCAAAUGGAAGAUUUCCAAAACAGAAUGAAAGAUAUUCAAUAUAUGAAAGUCACAAGAGAAAUACAAUUGUAUUUGUCCAAUUCAGACUAUGAUGGAAGGAAACAGGAAGAGAUUGGAAAACUGGAACAGACUAUACUGACACAGCUGAGGCAUCAUGAGAGGAAGGUAGCGGCGAAAAAACAACAGUUACGAGAACUCGGACGGAGCCACAAAUCGAAGGAUGAUCAAAAUCGGUAUAUGGACAAUGAUCUUACGGAGCUGCAUGUCACUGUCAAUGAGAGACGCCAUAUUGACGAUGUCAACGCUGAUCGUAGAUCAGACUUUGGCCGUGAAAGGCGUUACCAGGAGAUUGUACAGCGGAGGAAGCUCGUCGACCUGGCAAAAGCACAGGCGCAGGAGGUAGCUGUGUUACGCGCAGAAGUGGAACGGCUACGUAUGAGAACAUUCCCCGCCCUCGUACAAGUGGAACACUAAAGGACGAUGGAUGUAUAACGAACAUUCCCCGCCCUCGUACAAGUGGAACACUAAAGGACGAUGGAUGUAUAACAAACAGAACACUGUACUGCUUCUAACAGUCAAAAAUUGUGAUAUCUGUAUAAGACAGAAGUGGAAUUUACUUGUGCUGUUUUUGACAGUAAAAACUUGUGAUAUGUGUAUAAAAAUAUGACAUAAAUGAAGUGUAAAUCGUUAAAAUGCCUUUGCAGUUUUCAGAAAUAUUAAAGAAAAUCGAAAAA